AUCGACAACAGAUCCCUAGGACCUAAACGAAUCGUUUUGGAGCUGUCCGCGCUGAAUAGUGAUCUAUUCAUUUCACCUCACAUUUUCGCAAAGAAUCGCGUCUGCAACUGGCUCGACAUGAUUAACACAAUUCGUCUGAUAUCUCGACAGAGCCUUCCUCAAUUUCGCCGAUUUCACAAAUGUGUUAUCCGACAAACGGAAUCGAGUGCGGCGGCAGCGACAAGCACAUCACCACCAUCGCCACCUCCUCCGUCUGCUGAUGACAAGCCGGUAAACCCGAAAAUCGACAAAAUAGCCAAUGACAUCACCGCUCUCAAUCUGAUAGAAGUAGCACUGCUCAGUGAUCUGUUGAAGAAACGACUGAAUCUGCCAGAUGCACCGGUUAUGCCUGUCGGAGGAUUCGUUGCGGCUCAGGCUGCGGAGGAGGAGGAGGAACAGAUGCAAAAGAAAGUGCAAACAGAGUUCACCGUUAAGUUAAUGGCAUUCGACGAAAAGCAGAAGGUAGCGCUAAUCAAAGAGGUGAAGAGCUUGUUGCCGGACACAAAUCUUGUUCAGGCCAAAAAGUUCGUCGAAAGCGCACCCGCGGUAGUGAAGGCGGACAUAGCGAAAGACGAAGCCGAGAAAUUGCGAGAUGCACUCACAAAGGUUGGUGCUACGAUCCAGAUUGUAUAACUCCUGUGAAUACACGUGUUGUUGCGUAUCUGUAAUGUUAUAAUAAAAAUUUACAUUCACACUUA